UGACCUUCCCUAUAGUUGCCAGCCUUCAACGCUGCAGAGGUAGUCGAAGAACACAACUGACAUGCUGCUUCACAAAACUCAUCAUUUCGUCAAACAAUUUUCCACUUCUAUCAACUGGAGAAGACAAAUCAAACAAACCCAUUUGGUCGAUCAAAUUUCAUCCAUUCUCUUGCAGAGAAGCAACUGGACUUGUCUUCUAGAGACUCUCCAUCUCUCCUCCAAACUCACCCCUUCUAUCUUCCUCCAAAUCCUUAAAAGAACUCAACAAAAUCCACAAGUCUCUCUCGAAUUCUUCGAUUGGACCAAAAAGAAUUUGCACUUCAAUCCUGAUCUCAAAUCCCAAUGCCAUAUCAUCCGGCUAGCUGUUGGUUCAGGUCAGUUGCAAAUUGUAAAACCCAUCUUGGAUUCUUUAAUUAAUUCCCACUCUGCAACAGUGCUUACUCGUUCCAUGAUUGAAGCUUGUAGAGGGAGAGAUUCUCCGUCUGAUGCUUUAAGUUUGGUUCUUGAAUGUUAUUCACGUACGGGUUUAUUAAUGGAUGGUUUAAAAGUUUAUAUAAUGAUGAGAGUUUGUGGGUAUGUGCCUUCAAUAAGAGCAUGUAAUAAAUUGCUUGAUGCUAUUCAUAGAGAAAAUGAGAUAAGAUUGUGUUGGUGUUUAUAUGGUGCUAUAAUCCGAGAUGGAAUUUUGCCAGAUAAGUUUACUUGGUCAGUGAUUGCUCAAAUUCUUUGGAAAAAUGGUAAAUUCAACGUGAUUUUAAGAUUGUUGGAUUUGGGUAUUUAUAAUUCAUUCAUGUAUAAUCUUGUUAUUGAUUUCUAUAGCAAAUGUGGGGAUUUUACUGCUGCACUUGAGAGACUAAAUGAGAUGUAUGAUAAGAGAAAACUGCACCCUGGCUUUAGUUCUUAUAGUUCAAUACUUGAUGGAGCUUGUAAAUGUGAAAAUAUUGAUUUAGCCAAUAGGAUUAUGGAGAUAAUGGUAGAGAAGGAAAUGCUUCCAAAAUGUUUGGUAUCAGGAAAUGAUUCGAUCAUUCAGAAGCUUUGUGAUUUGGGGAAGACAUAUGCAGCUGAGAAAUUUUUCAACAGAGCCUGUGAUGAGAAGAUCUGUUUACAGGAUGAUACAUAUGGGUGUAUGUUAAGGGCCUUGUCGGAAGAAGGAAGAAUAGGAGAAGCAAUUCGUGUUUAUCAAUUAAUUUUGGAGAAGGCCAUUUCUGUUAAAGACAUUAGUUAUCAUGCAUUUGUAAAUGCUCUGUGCAAAGAAGAUCAACCUGAGGAGGUACGAAAAUUGUUAACGGAUCUCAUAAAAAAAGGAUAUAGUCUUUCUGCGACAGAAUUAUCUAAAUUUGUAUCAUUACAAUGUCUUAAAGGAAGAUGGGAGGAAGUAGAGGAAUUGUUGAACGUGAUAUUUGAGAAACAAUUAUUGCUUGAGUCUUUCUGUUGUUGCUUCUUAAUGGAGCAUUACUGCUUGAGUGGGCAGAUUGAUAAAGCAAUUGCAUUGCAUUCUAAGAUUGAAAUUUUGAAUGGUAGUUUGGAUGUAAAAACAUAUAAUGUACUUCUCGAAGGGCUUUUUCAAUAUAGGAGGAUUGAAGAAGCAGUAAGUGUGUUUGAUUACAUGAACAAACUUGAUCUGGUGAGCAGUUCAAGUUUUGGGAUUAUGAUUAGAGGUCUCUGCGGUGUAAAGCAGCUGAGAAAGGCAAUGAAAUUUCAUGAUGAAAUGUUGAAGAUGGGUCACAAACCUGAUGAAGCAACAUAUAGAGGAUUGAUUUCCGGAUUUAUGUAAUAGAGUAUAAUCACCGAAUGUGAAAGAUAAUCAGGCUAAGUCCAGUUUUUGGGAGCACGAAUCUUGUUUGUACUGCAACUUCAACUAUUUGCUGAGGCCAGUUGAGUCUCAGCAACCAUUCUUUUAUGCCGUUUGGCAAUUUCUUUCCCAUUUCGUCUCUUACUGGAUACGGUCUAGAUGAAAUGUAGUUUGCUUCUUCAGUGUUUCUGG